AUGAUCCUCCAGCAACUUUGCAGAAACAACACCGACUGGGACCAGCCACUACCCGAUGAAUUAAGACCACAGUGGGAGGACUGGAGGCAGGACCUUCACAACCUCAGCAACCUCAAGAUCCAAAGAUGCUACAAGCCCUCUGAAUUUGGUACGUUCAAAUCUGCUGAGCUACAUCACUUUUCAGACGCAUCCCUCACAGGAUACGGACAGUGCUCAUACUUGAGGCAAGUAGACAUGCAGGGCCAGGUUUACUGCUCCUUGGUGAUGGCGAAAGCUCGUGUAGCCCCACUAAAACCGGUUACAAUACCUAGGUUAGAGCUGCAGGCUGCAGUGGUGUCAGUGAAGAUAUGUGCUCUUCUGAACCAUGAACUGGCCAACUCUGGGCUGAAGAACAUUUUUUGGACAGACUCCAAGGUUGUCCUCGGAUAUAUAAAAAAUGAAGCCCGUAGAUUUCACAUCUUUGUGGCAAAUAGAAUCCAGCGGAUCCAUGAAUCAUCCAGCCCAGACCAAUGGAGGUAUGUGUCGACAAACGAGAAUCCGGCAGAUUUUGCUUCCAGAGGCUUAAAAGCCAAUGAGCUGACGACCUCCAAUUGGUUCCAAGGACCACCAUUUCUGUGGAAAGAAGAGAUCCCUGCUGAAAGUACCAGUCCACUGCUCAUCACGUCAGACGACCCGGAAGUCAAAAGGGUCCAGGUCAUGGCCACUGGAGCGAUAGAGAAAACUGCCCUCCUAGAUAAAUUCACCAAGUACUCUGAUUGGUCUAGACUGCAGUCCGCAGUCUCUAUACUCCUAAAGCGCUGUGCAAGGAAAUCUCCGGAAGCUGAGAUUAAACCCCAACAAGCUCGCGACAGAGCGACAAGAACAAUCAUGCGCAUGGUCCAAAGAGACUCUUUUAGAGAAGACAUUGAAGACAUUGAGCAAGACGGAAGGCUUAAGAAAGGCAGCAAAUUAUCCAACUUGGACCCCUUCUUAGAUAAAGAGGGCCUCCUGCGAGUAGGCGGCAGAAUGAGACGAUCAUCCUGCCCUCAAGAGAUAAAGCAUCCGCUGAUCCUGCCAAAGAAAAGUCAUGUCACACUACUGAUCAUCAGAGAUAGCCAUGACAAGAUAGCACACCAAGGGCGUGGGAUGACAAUGAAUCAGCUCAGAUCACAAGGAAUCUGGAUUAUUGGCUGCAGUGCAGCAGUUUCCUCCUACCUUUUCAAAUGUGUAACUUGCAAACGGAUCAGAGGAACAGCUCAAUCUCAGAAAAUGGCUGAUCUACCAGUAGACAGAAUAGAACCUUCACCACCAUUCACCCAUUGUGGUGUCGAUUGCUUCGGGCCAUUUCUCGUCAAGGAGCUGACAAUGAGAAGGUGA